AUGCCAGCAUUUAAACGUCUUGAUGUGUCACCUAAUAUUGAUUAUCAACUUAUUGACGAACAUAAUUUCGAAAAUCAUUUUUCGCUGGACUACAUGAAACGUGCUGUGAAUUAUUUUGAUGAAAAAGAUCCACUCACAGGACAACGUAAAAGAAAUUGGUGUAUUGUAAAACACAUGUUUCGACGCAUUCCAAAUCCUCAAUAUGUUACUCGUUUUCGAAAAUAUAUUGAAAUCGGUGGUACAAAAAAAAAGAAUACCACAGAGAAUGCGGCACCAUCUACUACGAUAUUAAUUGCGCUCGUAACUCUGUAA